UUGUUAAAUACGCGAAUUCGUGGAUUCGUUUUAAAGUGAUUCAAAUUUUACAACUAUUCAAUCUUUAGAAUAUUUGUGAAAUUUUUGUGACAGUUGAAAAAGCUCAUCUGGUGUUGGAAGAUAGAAAGAGAAUAAAUAAUAUUUGCAAAGAAACAAAAGCUUCUUAAUGAAAAGAACUAGAAAAUGUUUCUGAUAAUUCAAGAGUUGUUCUGCCAAUGAAUUUUUCUUGGUUCUCUUAAAUUUAUAGCUGGUUUCUGAAUACAAUUUUCUGUUCCUGAAGACUUUUUAAGAGCUUCAAAAUGAGUGAUGAAAAAGUUACACUUUUAAGUGAUUCUUCGGACUCAGAAGUUGACUUUUCAAUUAAUAAAAGUUAUGCUGACAGAUAUGAUUCUUGGAGAAAUAAGGAGGAACUACAAAAACUCAAAGAUUUGAGUAAAGAUGUUAGUGAGACAUCAUCAUCCAGUGAAGAAGAGGCAGAGCCUGAGAUAGAGGAAGAUUUUCUCAAAACACUUAGCUUGUUAAAAAGCAAAGAUCCGAAGAUAUAUGAUACAAAUGUUCAGUUUUUCAAAGAACAAACUGUAGAAAAAAAGUCAAAAGAGCACAAACCAAAACCUAUGUUCAUGAAAGAUUAUGAAAGGAAACUUGUUCUCGAAAGAAAUGGUGAAUUCAGCGAUGAAGAUGAGCAAGUAAAUGAACCUCGUACAUAUGGGGAAGAACAAGAUGAAAUUAAGCAAAGUUUUAAAGCUGCUCUUGACAACUCCGAUGAUGAGGAUGAUCUUCUUCAAGCAAGACAAAAAACUGAUGAGGAGAAGAAUGCAGAGGAAGCAGAGUAUCUCCGUUGGCUUAAAGGUCAGGAAGAGAAAGUUCCGGAGGAUACUGAAAAAGAAAUGUCAUUUUUACGCAAGUAUUGGAAUGAUCCUAAGCUAGAUGAAGGGGAGAAAUUUUUAAAAGAUUUUAUUUUGAAUAAAAAAUACAUUGUAAAAGACAACGAAGGUGAAAUUCCCACAUAUGAUGAAAUUACUGGUGAUGUCGAAAUGUUGCAGGAAGAUGAAAAAAUACUUGAACAGCAAGAAAUGUUUGAGCACAAGUACAAUUUUCGAUUUGAGGAACCAGAUGAUGAGUUUAUAAAGCGCUAUCCAAGAACUAUUGGAGAUUCUUUGAGACGAGUUGACAGCAGAAGAAAAGUGAAACGAGAUGAAUAUGCAGAAAGAAAGAAAAAAGAAAAAGAACAGAAAAGAGAAGAGUUGAAGCGCUUAAAAGCACUUAAGAGGAAAGAAAUAGAAGAAAAGUUUAUGAAAUUGAAAGAAAUUUGCGGGCAAGAUGAACUCAAUCUUGAUGAAAAUGACAUUGAAAGUGACUUUGAUCCUGAUAAGCAUGACCAGAAGAUGAAAGAGCUUUUCAAUGAUGACUAUUAUAAAGUUGAAGAAGAAGAUAAACCUCAAUUUUCGUACGAUGAAGAAUUAGAUGAAGAAAAUUGGAAUACAUGGUGUCGAGAAAAUGCAGUUAAAAAUGAGGAGGAAGAUACUGAUCAAGAGGAAGAUAAACUUGAUGAUAAAUCUAUCAACAAUGUUUAUAAUGAUGCAAAGGAUGAAUUUGAAAAAGAAAUGAUUGAGUCUACCCAAAAUAGAAAAAAGAAGAAAAAGAAGUCUUUAUUUGCGAAAGUUAUAUCAGAACCUAAACCUUUAUAUGAUCCAGAUGGCAAAUCUUUUGAAGAUUACCUUGAUGAAUAUUACAAAUUAGAUUAUGAGGACAUAAUUGGUGACCAGCCUGUAAGAUAUAAAUAUCGCAAAGUUGUGCCUAAUGAUUUCGGACUUACAGUUGAGGAAAUUUUAUCUGCAAAUGAUAAGGAAUUAAACCGAUGGUGUUCUGUGAAAAAGACUUGUCAGUACAGGGAUGAAGAAGAAGAACUCUAUGAUGUUCAAGCGUUUAAGAAAAAGUCUCAAAAUGAAUUUUCAAAGAAAAAAGUAUUCCAAAGUCUUUAUGGCGAAAAAAAUGAAAAUGCCACAAAAAGUGAAACUGGGACUAUUUCUGAAAAUGCAAGUACUUCCAAGAAGAAAAGGAAAAGAAAAUCUAAAGGAAAAAAGGAAGAUGAAGCAGUUGAAAAUGCUACUAAUAAUGAUGGAAUUGAUAAUAAAAUGAGUGAAGGAAAUCGCUUAAUGGAAGAUCAAAAUGAAUUUUCAGCGAAAAAAAUACUCCAAAGUACCAAUCCUGAAAAAGAUGAAAAUGCCACAAAAAGUGAAACUGGGACUAUUUCUGCAAAUGCAAGUUCUUCUAAUAGGAAAAGGAAAAGAAAAUCUAAAGGAAAAAACGAAGGUGAUUCAUUUGAAAAUGCAACUAAUAAUGAUGAAAUAGGUAAUGAAAUGAGUGAAGAAAAUCACUUUAUAGAAGACCAAAAGUCGAAAGAGAGGAUUAUGUCAGAAUCAAAAAGUAAAAAACAAGGUCAAGAAAUUGAUGUUUCUCGCACAGAAGAAGAAAAUACAGAAACAAGUGAAACUAAAGUUUCAAAUUCAGAAACAAAUGUUUCAGGUACUCCCAGCAAAAAAUCAAGAAAGAGGAAAAGAAAGAAAAGUAAUGUGUCAGAAUCGACUGAAGCAGAUAGCACUGAGCACAUCCAUGUAUCUAAACAUCAAAAAGUUGAAUCUGAAUCAGAUAAGUCAGUGGAAAAUAUAACUGUUAAGAAGUCUGAAACAGAUAUAGCUGAAACAACUGGUUCACAAAGCAAUAUUUGUUCAGUAACAGGAGAACUUAAUGCAAAUCAAGCUACUAAUUCUUCAUCUCCUAAUAAACAGAAAAAGAAGAAGAAGAAAAAGAAAGGUAAAUUGAAUGACUCUAAUGCUCAGAUAAAUAAAAAUACAAAUGAACCAGGUGCAAAGAGCAUGAACAGUGCCAGACAUUCAUUUCCACACAAAAAAUCAGAAUUUAAACAAAAUGUAAGUGACAAAAGGUUGCAGAUGUCAGAUGCAAGGCUUGCUGCUUAUGGCAUAAACCCAAAAAAGUUUAAAAAUCAUAUAAUAUAUUCUCAAAAAUGAUUUUAAUAAAUGU